AAACAAACCGGUCCAGCGUCGGCAAUGUCUUGUCUAUCGAGAUCGGUGUUGAACUCGCUCGUAACCGACCACCGCGGCAACGGCGGCAGUGGCACCGCCGAGCCCGAAACAAGGUACGAUCCUAGAUCCAUCCAAUCGGCGGAGGGAACGAGAAGGACGAGGACGAUCCCAGCCGGGGCGUCAAGGAGGACCUCUCUGAGCUAUCUCAAACCCUAGCCCGUCAACUAUGGGGCGUCGCCUCCUUUCUCACGUGAGGUCCCCCCUAAUCCAGCCGCUCGCAGUGAGGUGGGACAACGGGCGGAGGAACUUGAUUCCGAGUCGAUAGUGGGAAUCCGAAACAAUUUUGCUGAGAUUGGAGGGAAACUCAGGUCCGGUAUCUCCAGGCUUUCCGGCAAUAUGGGCGUUUCAGAGAUAUCCAAAAUCACCUCCAACUUCCUUCCGUUUCGGGACGAGGAAGUGGAGGAGGAGGACGACGAUGAUAGGCACUUUGGCGCUGGAGUUAUUGGUAUUACGGAUGAAGUGAUGUCCUUCGUCCAUAAUAUCUCGAUGCAUGCGGAGACAUGGUGGGAUUUCACCCUCUUGUAAGAUGACGAAGAUUCUGAUGGUAUAUGGCAUCCUCAAGACAAAGACUUGACUAUUCUAGCCCAAGUGGAGGAAAUCUUGAAGCAACUAACACAGAAACCCAGUAUUAAAGCAUCCCAACAGUUAAGGGACCUUAUCGGCUGUUGGAUCAGUAUGAAUCACUUACCCAGGGAAGAAGCCCAAAUCCUGAAUUCCUUGGACCUGGAGAAAAGGAGCUCAGAAUUCACCUUGAAGAUAUUGAAUGGACCGCAGCAUCCCACGUCCUCAACCACAUAUGGGAACUCAAGCUUAUCCUCAAUGCCAAAGAAAAAGACUUUUACUACAGAGGGCAGUACAACAAGGGCCUUUACUUUAAAGAUGCCCUUCCAGAAGUAACAAAGACAAAAGAAGCAUUAUUGGACCUCUUUAUUCGGGCACAAAGCAUCGUGCAACGAGUAGAGGACACACCGCCUUAAGGAAAGGAGCGUGAUGGACCCAGAAAAUCCAAAGAAGAUCUAUCUUUAUCAGAAAACGUGGAUUGAGCCUCGGGGAGCCGUCCACCUGUCUAUAAAGAUAAGAUGCUUCCUCAUUAAGUAUUCUAGACUUAGCUGUAAAGGUCUAGGCUUAGCUGUAAAAAGCAACUAGUGUGUGAAAUAAUUGGAGAAAAACAAAAGAGAUAAGAACCCGUGAAUGAUGAUGGGGCCCAAUGAGCACCCAGUUCACGCUUCAGACUCUCUUAAAGUUUUUCUAUAUAAACGUAACUCAAGCUCAUUGCUGGACACACAUCGCACUUCGAUACAAGUCCAACUCUGAGAUCUAAGUUUGUAAGUCUUUGUAACCUUAGUCUUGUAAUUUUCUCAAGUUCUCUUUAUUACACUAUCUAAGUUUGCAAAACUUAAACUUUUUGUACUUUACUGAACGCUUCGCUUCGAUUGAUGGUAUCAGAGCUAGUUUUUCAUGGCUGAGUAGUCCUUAAAAGGUUUUGGUGUUCAAGUAGAAGAGAUAGGGUGUAACAAAUAAGUCUAAUUCCUAGCUUGACAUUAAUAGAUAUCUUUCUUUAAAAUCUGUGCUUAACGAAUUACAACUGUUGAUCAGUUAUAGUUAAGUAUGGAGGCAUGUCUAGCGAAUUGUAACUGUUGAUAAGUUAUAGCAAAAACAUGAACUGAUAUAGUAUCUUAUCUACUUGUUUCUGGUAAAAAUUUCUAUAGUAAUAAGGCGACCGAGGAACGACGAGUGGAUUGCAAAAUAACAGGUCCUAACUUGGCUAUAAAGGCAGGAGGCCUAGAGUAAGUCCAAGGGCACACCUGUGUGAGCAAGAAAACUUUUAGAACCUUCUAAGCUGUAAGCUAUAGAAAUAUUUAAUCAGAAAUCCGUAGUAAAUGUCAAAACAUUGGGAAGAACAAAUACAAAAAUGGUACACCAAAUCUCACACUUCGAACCUUGAAUACCUUGACCUUGCCUCAAAACAAGAACAGCCAACCAAAAGAGAAUUAGCUCACAAUCUGUCCGUAAUUUACGAUAGAAUUUGUUUAUCCUGCCGAGUACAUCUACAAAAUUUUAAACAACUCCAGGAACAAAUAGAAUCGUUGAAACUUGAAAAUCAAAGGCUAAGAAAAGCAGUAGAAAGCUUGACACAAGAAGUAGUUCAAAGUAAACCUUUCACUGAAAAACAAUUAAAAGAAAUAGUCUUGAAAACGAUAGAAAGACCCAAACAGACUGAAGAACAAGCCUUAAAAUUAUCCGAGGAAUUAAGUAAAAAGAUAAGCAGGGUUGAAAGACUACUGCAGAAAGUAGAAACUUGGGUUUCUACAUGAGCUUUAUAAACACUCAAGCAACAACCUCUUAUAAAGAAGCUUUGCAAGCAACAGAAGGAAUAGAAUCACCUGCUUUGGGAUUUUGCAAACCAUCUAAUUAUAAGGGAGGCAUAAGCAAUAAUAUUGCUCUUAUUAAACAAGCAAAUACCCAAAUUCAGUUACUUGUAACAAUUUUGGAAAAACUUGAAGGUCUGGAAGAACGUGUUAAAAGACUUGAGACAAAAAUAGUCCCUCAACAACCACAACCCUUACCAGAAAAUAUAAUUCAGAGCCUUACGGAAAGAAUUAAAACCCUUUCCAUCCAAGAAAAAACAAAAGAAGAAAAAGGCAAAUUAAGGGUUUUUACUGAUCCAUUUGUGAUAUUAAAGGAAGAAAGGGCUAAACUCAAGAAAUGACUACCCGGGCUCCAAAUCCUCCUGUUACAACUCCACAAGAGUAGCUGAGGAAGCACCCUUAUUUGAGGACCAGGUCAGAGAAUAUCGUCAAAAUCAGAGGAGACGAUAUAAUGUUCAAAGAAGGAUUCAAAGAAUAUCCAGAAGGCUCACUGGAGGAACCCUUCAUAAUUCUCUGGAACAGCAGCUUGACCCCAGGCACAGUUAAGGUUAUCUAUGCAGGAAAGAGCAGCAAUAGUCCCUGCUGAAGUUCUUUAUCACUCCAGAAGAGAUGAUACACACCACCGAGUUUAUAUGCACAGAUCUGAAGAAGCUAUGCUGGUUACUAGCAAUCAAGUUGAUAGAGCCUUUAUUCAACCGGAAAGCUUUAUUCAACUACAAAGGAGCGGUAUGCGAUUUCUACAUAUGGGAGUAAUCCAAGUCCGAAUACAAAUUCUCCAUCGACAAGAAGAAGGGACUCUCGCACUAAUUAUCUUCCGAGAUAAUAGGUGGCAGGGAGAUCAAUCCAUAUUUGCAACUAUGGAAGUUGAUUUAACCCAUGGAAGCCAGAUGGUAUAUGUGAUUCCUGACACUAUGCUGACUAUUUCUGACUUUUAUCAGAAUAUUCAAGUAUCCAUCCUUACAAGGGGCUAUGAAAACUGGCAAAAUGGUGAAGCGAACCUACUAAUCACCAGAGGAUUAGUAGGAAGAUUAUCAAAUACCCCAAAUGUCGGCUUCGCCUACAAUAUACAAAAUGUUGUAGAUUAUUUAACAAGUCAUGGUGUUCGAGCCCUUCCUGGACGAAGAUACAAUACCAGAGAUAUACAAGGACACAAUUGGGUAAUACGACAAUCAACCAUAAGAGUACCAAUGCAGCCCACGGAGGUAAACACAAGAAACCUUCUAGAUGGAAGUAUUUCUUUACAAUUUGAUGCAUACCAACCUGCUACAACAUCUUCACCAGUCCGAUAUAAUUCUAAAGAUGAAGAAAUUCUAUCUGAUGAAGAAGAGAUUACUAAUCAUACUAUUGCAGUAUUGACAGAAGAAACAAUAAAAACAGAUGAACUAUUAGUUCAAAGAAUCACCCCUACAGCAUUAUUACCACAACGAAAGAGUUCGGGAGCUGCGGGCUAUGAUAUUGCUGUCGACCAAGAAUACAAUCUUAAAGCACAAAAACAAAUGAGUCUUACAACUGGGAUAUGUAUCCAAGUUCCCAAAGGAACUUAUGCACGAAUUGCCUCAAGAUCUUCAUAUGCACUUCAAGGUGUCAUAAUUAUGGGAGGAGUUAUUGAUACUGAUUAUCGAGGUGGAGUCAAAAUCCUAGCUUACAACUCCUCUAAUGAUGAUAUUUAUCUUAAAAAGCAAACAUACAUUGCACAAUUAAUUCUGGAAAGAAUUUCAAAUCCACUAGUAAGAGAGGUGACUUUAUUACAAAACACACAAAGAGGAGAUCAGGGCUUUGGAUCUACCACCAUACAGGUAUGUUCCAAAAAUAGAGCCAACCCUUUAUGCUCUGGAUGUUAUUACUGUUGCAGUGAUGAAGAUUGUGCUCAAGAAUAUGAUUUCUAUAUACAACCAGACAAAGGUAAAACCCUUGUAUCACAAGAAGAGCAAAUAGAAAGACAGGCACAAAGACGACAUGCCAUGCAAUACAAAUCAUUUGAAGAAGAAGCUUAUCAAAAUCUUAUUUGUGGCCCAAAGUCAUUACCAUUAACACAAGCUGCAAGGCAAUUACGAAACUCCCGGGAGUACCGACAACAACUACAAAUAUUACACUCCCCUCCUCUUAAUACUGAAUCUUCACAGUCAUCUAGUUCUACAAAAUUUUUAGCUGUUUUCAAUACUUCUGACACUGAUGACAAUGACUACCUUGAAUAUCUUCAAUACCUAGCUUUACAGGAUGCACCAUCCCCCGCUGAAAAUAAAUUUACCAACCCGUUCGCGAAAGGUGAUGGGGAUGAUAUCAAUACUGCUUCAGAUGAUGAUAUUAUCAUUGCUGCUGCUUCAACUUCACAUACAAAGGAUGAUUGGAUUUCAGACUAUCCUCAAUUACAGCAGCUCCAAGAAACCAUUUAUUCUCAAGAAGCAGCCUCAAAUUAUCAGCCUCCUGCUGAUACCACUAUGAACCCAGUAGGGUAUCCUCCCAACAGGCAGAUGAAGGAAGAACCAGUAAGCCUUGCGCCCCCAAGAGAGCCACGAGGAACAUUCAAGAGAAAAGAAACCUCUGAAUGGUGGAACUUACCCACUGCACAUCAACAAACAGGGGCGAUACUCACGUUACCAACACAACUCAACAGAAUUGAAGAUGUAUUUCUGAGAUGGGAAGCUAUCACAAAAAAUGUUGUGGCCUUACAAAAUUUCGCCGAUACUCAAGACAAGGCAGAUUUCAUUGAAAAUUUACUUGGAGAAGCAGAAAGGUUAACUUGGAUACAGUGGAGGAUGACUUAUCCAAAUGAGUAUCAAGAGCUGAUAAAUGCAAGUGAAGGCAGGAAUGGAACUUAUUCCUUUCAUGAAUGAAUAUAUGAAUCUUGCUGCCAAAACAGGAAGGCUAUUCACAGGGCCAGAAUUGUCAGAAAAUUUUUGGCUUAAGUUACCUGGAGACCUCGGACGAAGAAUAAAAGCGGCAUUUGAUGAAAAAUAUCAAGGCAAUACCAUGGGGGUACACCGAAGGGUAAUAUUUACAUACAAAUACUUAGAAGAAGAAUGCAAAAAGGCGGCAUUCAGCAGAUCUCUCAAAGAUCUAACUUUCUGCAAUCAAAUUCCAAUUCCUGGCUAUUACCAAAGUCCAAAGAAAAAGUAUGGGGUAAGGAACUCUACAACCUAUAAGGGUAAACCUCAUCAAUCUGAUGCUCGUAUUGAGAAAAAGAAGCAUCUUAUAAGAAAUAAAAAAUGUAAGUGCUUUUUAUGUGGAGAGGAAGGACAUUUUGCUAGGGAUUGCCCAAAGGAGUACAAAAACAUCAAGAGGGUAGCCAUAUUUGAAGGAUUAGAGCUCCCUGAUGAUUAUGAAAUUCUCUCAGUCAAAGAAGGAGAAGAACAAUCUGAUGCUAUUUACAGUGUUUCUGAAAAUGAAGACCACUAGGUUAAUUCUAUCCUCAGUUCAGAAUUUCUAUGUGUAUUUAUCGAACAUACCAAUACUUAUAUGAUAGGAAAAUCUGGAGGAUGGCAACCUAUGGUUAGGAUUCCCAAAGUACAACAUGAUUGCAACCAUAUAUGGGAAAUUAACGGUGAAAUAGACCCUCACUAUCAAAAAUGUACAUGCUGCAAAAGGGAGACCAUGAAGAAACAUCGGAUGCAUUGUAGCUCUUGCCAUAUCACUUCCUGUGGAAUGUGUACUCGAAAUUACUUCGACAUGGUAAUACCAAUAGAAAGGUCAGUCCCUAUACCAUUUGUUCCGCAAAACCUGAUACAGGAACAACAAAAUUAUAUUUCAUGGGCAAAGACGGAAAUAGAAAGAUUACAACAAGAAGUGGCAAGAAUUCAAUCCCUUGCAGAACACCAGCAGAAUAUUCUUCGGCAGGAAUUUAAUGAAGAGAAAGAGGAAAUUCUUAGAAGAGCAAGUGCAGAUAAGCUUGAAGUGGAUACUGAAAAUGAAGAACUGAAGCUUAGAAAUGAUGCUCUUGAACUUGAGAAUGCUGAUCUUAAGAAGAUACUUCAAGAAAACAGGAUGAUAGAGAAUUAUGAAGCCGAGGAAGAAGUUAACGUUCUUAUUGAUUCCGGAAGAGAAAAAGUAUUUUCAGUAGAAGAAGCCCAG